AUGUAUAAAACCCAAGAUCUACUUCAUGAAGAUGGCAUUGAAGAUUUGGAAGGACCAGUUGCUGCUCUUCAACAACUUGGCACCAUCCGUGAGACAGAUGUGCCUCCUUUCACAUUCCAAACUGAUCAUCCGACCCCAGGACUACUUGAACGAAUGUUUGUGCCUAUCAGUUUCACUAUCGUCAUGGAGGUGGAGGACUACUUGAACGAAUCAAACCCCAAUAUAUAUCUAAACUGGAACCAGAGAAUCCGUGAGAUGCUAGACAACCAUGGGCCAAUGACCGCUUCAGUGUCUUGGUUCGACUCUUACAAAGAGCAGCUCGAGCUUAAUUUUGCAUUAUUCUUCCGUGAAGCCGAGAAUCCCGCUCAGGUUUUCAUAUUGAAGUCACGUCAUUAG